GAUUCAUGAACAGGCGGCCUUCCGCUAACUGCCGCUACCAGCCCACCGUCUACGAACACGCUGCAAACUGCUACACUCACGCCCUCCUCAUCGUGCCGGCCUUCGUCGGCAUGACUCUGCUGCACUGCCUGUCCGACAACAACUGGGAGAGGAUCACGGCCUGGGUGUACGGACUGGGUCUGUGCGGCCUGUUUGUCGUCUCCACUGUUUUUCACAUCAUCACCUGGAAGAAGAGCCACAUGAGGUCGGUGGAGCAGUGCUUCCACAUGUGUGACAGAGUAGUCAUCUAUUUCUUCAUCGCUGCCUCCUACACGCCGUGGCUGAACCUGCGAGAGCUCGGCCCGUUAGCGGCACACAUGCGCUGGUUUGUGUGGCUCAUGGCUGCUGCUGGAACCAUUUAUGUCUUCAACUAUCAUGAAAAUGUUGAUUUAAAAUCUGUCGCUUUAUUUCUACCACAGAGCAACACGGACGGUCUCUACGAGCUGGCGUAUGGCGGACUCAUCUACUGCCUCGGCGUCUUCUUCUUCAAGAGCGACGGCGUCAUCCCCUUCGCCCACGCCAUCUGGCACGUGUUCGUGGCGCUGGCUGCGGCCGUGCACUACUACGCCAUCUGGAAGUACCUGUACAAGGCGCCCAGCUCCGAGUCCCUCCUCCACUCCUGACCCUGAAGGCCCCGCCCCCUCCGCUGCCCGCUGAAGCUGCAACUGGAACAGGAAAAGUUUACCAUGACCUUUACUUGUUUACUGUUUUCUAACCAGGAGGACGAGUUUCCCAGAAUCCUCUGAUGAUACUUAGAGUUUUAUAAAAGGAAAAAUAUCCGAGUAUUUCUGACAUUUGAUCUUUUAUAACCACUAGAAAGUGAAUCACAUUCCUCUUUAAGGGUUUCAUCAGGUGCUAAAAUCAGCUUUAUCAUCGGCCCUUGGUGGAUUUAAUUAGAGAUACCAAAGCUGAAAUAAAGCACAUUAAAUUAAAAACGGGAUUCAUCAUGGAGGCAGGAGGUGGAGCUUCUUUUCAUU